AUGGAUCCCGACUGCUCCUGUGCUACUGGUGGCUCCUGCAAAUACAAAGACUGCAAAUGCACCUCCUACAAGAAGAGCUGCGGCUCCUGCUGCCCCAUGGACUAUGCCAAGUGCACCCAGGGCUGCGUCUACAAAGGAACAUCAGACCAGUGCAGCUGCUGUAUGUGA